CCUGCCCCUCCCAAAUCUAGUUUAGUUGUCGCGGCCGGACCUCGACCUGGUCCGAGACGCGCGGUGCGAGCCAGUGGCAGAGCCAUGGCUGGCGGGGAAGACCGCGGGGACGGGGAGCCGGUCUCAGUGGUGACCGUGCGGGUGCAGUACCUGGAGGACACCGAUCCCUUUGCAUGUGCCAACUUCCCGGAGCCGCGCCGGGCCCCCACCUGCAGCCUGGACGGGGCGCUGCCCCUGGGCGCACAGAUACCCGCGCUGCACCGCUUGCUGGGGGCGCCGCUCAAGCUAGAGGACUGUGCCCUGCAAGUGUCUCCCUCUGGAUACUACCUGGACCCUGAGCUGUCCCUGGAAGAGCAGCGGGAAAUGCUGGAGGGCUUCUAUGAAGAGAUCAGCAAAGGGCGGAAGCCUACAUUGAUCCUGCGGACCCAGCUCUCCGUGAGAGUCAAUGCCAUCUUAGAAAAAUUGUAUGGCUCCAGUGGCCCUGAGCUUCGCCGCUCUCUCUUCUCACUAAAGCAGAUCUUCCAGGAGGACAAGGACCUGGUGCCUGAAUUUGUGCACUCAGAGGGGCUGAGUUGCCUGAUCCGUGUGGGUGCUGCUGCUGACCACAACUACCAGAGCUACAUCCUCCGAGCACUGGGCCAGGUGAUGCUUUUUGUGGACGGGAUGCUGGGAGUGGUGGCCCACACUGAGACCGUGCAGUGGCUGUACAUGUUGUGUGCCAGCCUGUCCCGCUUGGUGGUGAAGACGGCUCUGAAGCUGCUGCUGGUGUUUGUGGAAUACUCCGAGAGCAAUGCACCGCUGUUCAUCUACGCAGUCAACUCUGUGGCCAGCACCACCGGUGCUCUACCAUGGGCCAACCUGGUGUGCAUCCUAGAGGAGAAGAAUGGUGCAGACCCUGAGCUGCUGGUGUACACAGUCACCCUCAUCAACAAGACGCUGGCAGCGCUCCCAGAUCAGGACUCCUUCUAUGACGUGACGGAUGCACUGGAGCAGCAGGGCAUGGAGGCACUGGUCCAGCGGCACUUGGGCGCUGCGGGCACUGACAUCGACUUACGUGCACAGCUUGUGCUCUAUGAGAGUGCCCUGCGGAUGGAGGAUGGAGACAUCGAGGAAGCCGCCGCAGGUGGGCGGCGGGAGCGUAGAAAGCCCUCUUCAGAGGAAGGCAAGAGGAGCCGCCGAUCUCUAGAAGGCGGGGGCUGCCAUGUGCGCACCUCAGAGCCUGGCCCCACAGGGCCCUCCUCCUCCUCCUUCUCCUCCUCCUCCUCCGGCCCUGACCCACUCACAAGCCCAGUGCCCAGCCCCAUGGGCCCUGCCUCUGGCCUCUGUACCUCUGCGAACCUCUUUCCUGCCCUCUCCGUGGCGUCCUCAGCUGACAGCUCUUGUGAGAGGAGCAUCUACAAAGCCCGGUUCCUGGAGAAUGUGGCAGCAGCAGAAACAGAGAAGCAGGCUGCGCUGGCCCAGGGCCGGGCAGAGGCAUUGGCUGGGGCAGUGCCCGAUGAGGCUGAUGGACACCCAGAUGCCCGGGAACUGUGGAGUUCCCCUGAACCGGUCCCAGUUUCUGCACCCAAAACACCCCAGAGCCCUGCCCCCCGAGUCCUGCUCAGGUCCCAGAGGAGCCUUGAACCAGAGCCCAAGGAGCCACUGGCUCCACCAAGCCCCAAGGCUGAGCCCACCCAGAAGUUCUCUACUCAUGUACCCAAGCUCUGCAUUGGGGACCUGGACUUCUCAGAUCUGAGGGAGGACGAAGACCAGGACAUACUGAACAUAGAGACUGUGGAGGCUGGGAAAGGGGUCCCGCCCCCACCACCCCCACUGCCCUUGCUCUCCCCAGGCCCCCCACCUCCUCCACCCCCACCUCCCCCACCUAUCAAAGGCCCCUUACCACCACCUCCACCACUGCCAGCUGCCCCUCUUCCCCCAUCAGCGCCUGAUGGCCUAGCCCUCCCCACCAAGAGGAAGACAAUCAAACUCUUCUGGCGGGAGCUAAAGCUGGCUGGGGGCCAUGGAAGCUCUGGGAGCCGCUUUGGGCCCUGCUCCACCCUGUGGGCCUCCCUGGAGCCUGUCUCCGUGGACACAGCCCGGCUGGAACACCUGUUUGAGUCCCGUGCCAAGGACGUAUUACCUGCCAAGAAAGCUGGUGAGGGCCGCCGGACAAUGACCACAGUGCUGGACCCCAAGCGCAGCAACGCUAUCAACAUUGGUCUAACCACACUGCCACCGGUGCAUGUCAUUAAGGCUGCCCUGGUCAACUUCGAUGAGUUUGCUGUCAGCAAGGACGGCAUUGAGAAACUACUGACCAUGAUGCCCACGGAAGAGGAGCGGCAGAAGAUCCAGGAGGCCCAACUGGCCAAUCCUGACAUACCUUUGGCCCCAGCUGAGACUUUCCUGAUGACUCUUGCCUCCAUCGGGGGCCUGGCUGCCCGCCUACAACUCUGGGCCUUCAAGCUGGACUAUGACAGCAUGGAACGGGAAAUCGCAGAGCCACUGUUUGACCUAAAAGUGGGCAUGGAACAGCUGGUGCAUAAUGCCACCUUCCGCUGCAUCCUGGCCACCCUUCUGGCUGUGGGCAACUUCCUCAAUGGCUCCCAGAGCAGUGGCUUUGAGCUGAGCUACCUGGAGAAAGUGUCAGAGGUGAAGGACACCGUGCGCAGGCAGUCACUGCUGCACCAUCUCUGCUCCUUGGUGCUCCAGAUGCGGCCUGAUUCCUCCGACCUCUACUCAGAAAUCCCCGCCCUGACCCGCUGUGCCAAGGUGGACUUUGAACAGCUGGCUGAGAACCUGGGGCAGCUGGAACAUCGGAGCCGUGCAGCUGAGGAGAGUCUGCGGAGCUUGGCCAAGCAUGAGCUGGCCCCGGCCCUGCGUACCCGCCUCACCCAGUUCCUGGCCCACUGUUCCCGACGCGUUACCACGCUGCGAGUAGUGCACCGCCGCGUCUGCAACAGGUUCCACGCCUUCCUGCUGUACCUGGGGUACACCGCACAGGCAGCCCGUGAAGUGCGCAUCAUGCAGUUCUGCCACACGUUGCUGGAGUUUUCGCUGGAGUACCGGACUUGCCGAGACCGGGUGCUCCAACAGCAGCAGAAGCGGGCCACCUACCGUGAGCGCAACAAGACCCGGGGACGCAUGAUCACUGAGACAGAGAAGUUCUCAGGAGUGGCUGGGGAAGCCCCCAGCAACCCGUCUGUACCAGUGGCUGUGGGUAGUGGGCCAGGCCAGGGUGAUGCAGACAGUCACGCCAGCAUGAAGAGUCUGCUGACCAGUAAGCCUGAAGAUGCCACACACAGCCGCCGCAGCAGAGGCCUGGUCCAGAGCACCUCCCCAAUGCCCACAGCAGUGGGGGCUUCCAAUGCACCCCCAGAAGAAUCCCCAGGCUCCAGUUCACCCAGUGACACUUCAGAUGAGAUCAUGGACCUGCUGGUGCAGUCAGUGACCAAGAGCAGUCCUCGUGCCUUAGCUGCUCGGGAACGCAAGCGUUCCCGUGGCAACCGCAAAUCUUGUGAGUACUCCCCACAUACCCGCUGCCUGCUUUAUCCCCAGCAAUCCCCUCCAACCCUGCUCUGUCCCUGCAGUGAGACGGACAUUGAAGAGCGGACUUGGAGAAGACCUGGUGCAGGCACUGGGACUGAGCAAGGGACCUGGCCUGGAGGUGUGAAGCCGCUGCCUCCAGAAUAUCUACCUGGGCCACAGCCUGCAUGCAAAAGACUAUAUAGAGUGAGGAGGGGCCAGAGCAGAAAUCUGGGCAUCUUCUCAACCCUGGGGUCACUCUGUACCCAGUGGCCAGUGCCUUGAGCAGUAUUAUCUGUGUUUGUGUUGUGUGUGUGUGUGUGUGUGUAUGUAUGAGCUCCCUGAACACGUGGAGCAUAAUAAAGUUUUCUUAGCCAAUC